AAACCAAGUUGCGUCUUUUUUGGCGACACCGCUUCUCCUACGAACCACACCUUCACCUCGCCAGCCGAUCACAAUUGGCAACCUGACCAAAUCUGCCUUACUGCCAACUCUUCUGAGAAACCGAUAGCCGGUGGUAAAACUGGCUCCCAACCGUCACCACGGCUUCGCCGACAGCCUUUAACAAUUCCAUCCCACACCGAGAUAGGCACAUCCAAAACACCAUCCCUCCACCACCACCCUCGGCCUGAGUACGACCCAGCCAUCCCAAGUCUUGUUUUUGAGUUGUUGCAACAACAACCUCACCCAUCGGACGACACCACUCAGCUGCCGCAUAAGAGCCACUUUGAAGCUCUUUCCCGCCCGGGGGAAGAGUCUGGCAAGCGCCAUCUAGGAACAGUCCGCCUCGACUUCGCACCUUUCAAACCUCCUUAACACCUCUUCGGAGACUCGGGCAAACAACUUUCACCAACAAUCAACAUCUCCCAGCCUUCGUCAGCAGGGGUAUGGCACCUAGCGCCAUUGACAUUCUACCAAACACCUUCGAUUCUCUGUCGUUGAAAAAGACGACAGACUACAUCGAUAUCAAUUCCGUCUCCGACUACGAUAGCGGAGCGGGCUUUCAAGGUGGCGCGAAGAAUGCAAGAGGAAUGAUUGGCGCUGCGCUGCAGCAGCACAUUGACAAAAUCGACACGGAUGACUGCGAUGCGGGCGCCGAAGAUGCCUUCUUCGUCGCGGACCUAGGAGAGGUCUACCGCCAGCACGUCCGAUGGCAGAAGCGUCUGCCACGUGUCACACCACACUACGCUGUGAAGUGCAACCCAGACACUUCGGUCUUGCGCCUGUUGGCCAAGAUGGGAGCUGGCUUCGACUGUGCCAGCAAGGCCGAGAUUGAGCAGGUCCUCGCUAUUGGAGUAGCUCCAUAUCGCAUCAUCUACGCUCAGCCAUGCAAGACCAAGAGCUACCUCAAGUACACUGCCAAGACAGGUGUCCGGCAGAUGACUUUUGACAACACCGAUGAGCUGUACAAGAUCAAGCAGAUUUACCCAUCUGCUGAGCUUUUCCUGCGCAUCUCGACCGACGACUCGGCGAGCUUGUGCCGACUGAGCCAGAAGUUCGGUGCUGCCAUGGAUGUCGUUCCAGAUUUGCUGUCACUGGCAAAGGAACUCGAGCUGAAUGUGGUCGGCGUAGCUUUCCACGUUGGCUCUGGAGCAUCUGAUCCACUGGCAUUCCGUCAAGCCGUCAACGAUGCGCGUUCUGUCUUCGAUCAAGGCGCCGCCCUUGGCUUCGACAUGCACACGCUCGACUGUGGUGGCGGCUUCGUCCCAGAGACGUUCGAUGAGAUGGCUCCGGUCCUUGCUUCCGCCGUCGACGAUCUCUUCCCACCUCAUGUUCGCAUCAUCGCUGAGCCAGGCCGGUACUACACAAGCACUGCCUUCACUCUUGCAUGCAACGUCAUUGCUCGUCGCACAGUCGAGGACAAGCUUCUUGGCGGAGACACAAGCUACAUGCUGUACAUGAAUGACGGUGUGUACGGCAACUUCUCGAGCAUCAUCUUCGAUCACCAGCAUCCAGUUCCGCAAGUCUUGCGCAACAGUGAUCGCCCAGACUGCUACAACUAUGCUUUCAGUGGCGAUUCGAUGGUCGACUCCGGUUAUGCGUCGGGCGAAGAGGACACCACUCUUUAUCGAAAGCCAAUCACCUACUCCGUCUGGGGCCCCACUUGCGAUGGCAUCGACUGCAUUUCUGAGAAAUGGACCUCCAAGCACCUGGUCAACACCGGUGACUGGUUGUACUUUGAGGAGAUGGGUGCCUAUACCAAGUGCUCUGCCACUCGCUUCAAUGGCUUCACUGACAAGCACGAGACCAUCUAUGUUUGCAGCGAGCCGGACGCUGUUGAGCUUCUGGAUUUGUGAUCCACCAUGGGUCAUGGGUUAUGCUGUUCACAUCCGCUCAAUGAGGAACUGGGCUGCAAAGUACGCUUACUGCGAUAGACUGGCGUUUGGACGAGAGCAUGCUCUCAAAAGUACUUCAUCAUUUUGUGCAUAGUGUCUAGUCUUCAUAUCUUUCAUGCACCGCUGUGUUCAAUAUCUCUCUGCACGGAAGACGCAUCGUCAAGAACUUUGGGCCUGGCUGACAAGGAUAGGCAAUAAAGCUUCCGGCUUUUGCAGAAUUCAGUCAGAGUCUAUCACAACGUUGCGGGAAUACUGCGAACAGAACCUCUUGCAUUCGCUUCGAGUUGAAGGCUGGCUCACAGGUUGAUUGCUCCUUCUACUUCUUCUUUUCUCAUUGUACCACUCUGAUUGAUAGCAGACCCGAUCUCAAGAAUCAAUAUCGAUUUGCCUGAUGCGUAUAGCUCAUCAAAAGUCAUUCGACCAAGGU